ACUUGUCUCUGGUCCCUGGGAGAACAUCUGAAGGUCCUGCACUAUUUAGCAAAGCUACAGCAGAUCCCGGGUGAAAACAUGGAGAACUGGACUGUGGAAGAUGUUUGCAAUUACCUUCGUCAACAAGGUUUGGAACAAUGGGUGGAGAAUUUCCAAGAUGCACAAAUCACAGGACAGUAUCUACUGUACAUUGGGACCGUGGACCUUGAGAAGAUGGGGAUUGAGCCCUUGAAUGAACGUCUGAAGGUUCUGCACCACUUGAAGAUGCCAUGGAAGUAUCCAGUUGAAGAGAUGAAGGUCUUCAACGACCCCGUCCAUGGGCACAUCGAGUUGCACCCCCUGCUGGUUUGCAUCAUUGACACCCCCCAGUUCCAGAGGCUGAGGCACAUCAAGCAGCUGGGUGGGGGCUACUUUGUGUACCCCAGUGCGGCACACAACCGCUUUGAGCACUCCAUUGGGGUGGGGCACCUGGCAGGGCUGCUGGUUCGAGCUCUGCGUGAACGUCAACCUGAGCUGCAGAUCGACCACAGAGACAUGCUGUGUGUGCAGAUCGCCGGGCUCUGUCACGACCUCGGCCAUGGUCCUUUCUCACACGUGUUUGAAGGAAUGUUUAUGCCAAAAGCACGACCAGAUUUCAGGUGGAAGCACGAAAUGACCUCGGUCGAGAUGUUUGACCACCUGAUCAAGGCUAAUGGGUUGGAAACAGUUAUGGAGGAGCAUGGUCUGGUCUUGCCACAGGACCUGGUCUUCAUCAAGGAGCAGAUUGGUGGGGAUCUGGACACACCUCCUUCACUCAGCCAAGAACAGUCAAUGUGCAACUACCAAGGUCGCCCAAAGGAAAAAUGGUUCCUUUAUGAAAUUGUGGCAAACAAAAGAAACGGCAUUGAUGUCGACAAGUGGGAUUAUUUUGCCAGGGAUUGCUACCACCUGGGCAUCCAGAACAACUUUGACUACCGGCGCUUUCUGAAGUUUGUGCGAGUGUGUGAGGUGGGCGAGACGAAGCUCAUAUGCACCAGAGACAAGGAAGCGGGGAGCCUGUACAACAUGUUUCACAUACGGCACCACCUGUACUGCACAGCUUACAAGCAUAAAGUGACCUUCAUCAUUGAACACAUGAUAACGGAGGCUCUUCUGAAGGCCGACCCGCACAUCCAGAUCGAGGGCUCCGGGGGCAAGAUGUUCACCAUCUCCACUGCUAUUGACGACAUGGAGGCCUACACCAAACUCACGGACCACAUCUUUGAGGAAAUCCUCCACUCUUCGUCAGCGGAGCUGCAGGAGUCUCGCACCAUCCUCCAGAACAUUGUGCGCCGCAAGCUGCACAAGUGCGUAGGGGAGACCCAUCCCCUCCAACCUAUGGAGGUCACGCAGGAUGAGCAGCUGCGUUUGGCCAACUCUGUGGCCCAGGCUGAACCAGGGACCGGGACUGAUGUCAACCUGCAGGCUGAAGACUUCAUAGUCAGCGUCAUCACUCUGGACUAUGGCAUGAAGGGAAAGAACCCCAUCGACAACAUGCAUUUUUACUCAAAGAAGCACCCCACUGUGGCCUACAAGAUCCUCCGGUACCAGGUGUCACAGUUUCUCCCGGAGAAGUUCAUCGAGCAAAUAAUCCGAGUUUACUGCAGGAAGACGGAUGAGAAAAGCAUUGAGGUGGCCAAGAAGUACUUUGUUCAGUGGUGUAUCAAUAACGAUUUUCCAAAGCCCCAGGAUGUUGACGUUAUUGUCCCAAAACAUUGUUCAUGGAAACCAAUCUGGAAGGAGAAGCAUGGCAACGGGAGCGAUGAGGACGGCAAAGGGGCAUCAGGCAUGAUAAGCAUUUCUGUGGAGGACCCUGCCUGCGUGUCUAUAAGAAAAAAACAUGAAAAAUAUGCACCCAGUGAAAGUCUAAAAGUCCAGAAUCUGACACUUGGAAAAUGAAUUUUAUAAUUCUGCAUGUUGCUUUCCGUCAGUACAAUACUAUCUGAAUAGUUUCACGUUCUGUGCUAUAUUGGUUCCACAUUGCCCUCUGAACAUAUUCUUCAAUAACUUUGAUAAAAUCAGAAUUUAGUCUAUAGGCUCAUCAUUCUGUAAGCACAAAAGUGAAUCAUAAAUCAAUUAAACAAGGUGCACAUCACAACUGGUCAAUGCUUGUCACAGUCGUGGUGGUCUGAAACCCAUUCUCAAAGUUCAUUCUGACAGGCUAUGAAAACUAAUGCUAAAUGGGACAGCAGUUAACUGUAGACUAUUAUUAUGUUUUAUUUUUUAAUCGAGCAGUGUGAGAUUUGUACUACAAGCUUCUUACAGUAAUUUACUCAUUUAUUUAGCAUGUUCAUUUUUAGCAUAUUAGUUCAGGGUAAGUAGCUUACUCAAGGGUUCUACAGCUGGGAGUGGGAUUUCAACCCGAUUCUUUUGAAUGUUUGAUGAUGGCAUUAACCACUACAACAUAUGCUACCCCAAUAUUGUGAAAAUAUACCUUAUAUUUGACUCUUUACUUGAAUAUAUGUAUCAAGAU